CGCUUGCCGCUCGUUGCCAUUAAAAACAAGCAAACUAUUGGAGAAUGUGAGCUUUUCACCAAGUACUUUGAUCCCAUCUUGGCAUCGCUAUUCUCUGAUCCUGACAGAAAAGUGCUCCUUCGCUGGUCCAACGUCAUGUCUGAUGAAAAUGACAAGAUCCGCCCUGACGCCACAAUUUCCAAGCUACGGCAGCGCGACUUUGGGCCCAGUCUUGGAUAUGGAGAGGUCAAAGUUGCACGUCCCACCAUCGAUAACCACGCGCUAUGCCACGAUCUUAUGCGUUUGGCAACUCUAGCAAAGGAUACCAUUGAUACCAAUGCAUUGGAAGCCGCUCUGACCUUCCAGGUGCAUGGUUUUCAUAUCACUUUUUUUCUGACGCGCCUCCGCCACGAUGGAAUCUAUGUGAUGCAAGAAGUUGCGCAGCUUACAUUUCCCCGGUUUUUAGAAGAGCUAGCAACAUUUGUGUCCUUGAUCAAUUUGCGCACAUUGAUG